GCGCCCGCGAUAUUCAGCUGAGCCCCAUAAUGGCGGGACACGGCAAGCAGAUUCUUGUUCGAAGAGUGUUUUUAUGGGGCCUUUCUGCCAUUUAUUUAUUUGCAUUUGCUUCGCUCUACAUACAGAUUCCAGGACUUUAUGGCAGAAAUGGGAUAUUGCCGGCGAGGCUUGCUCUGCAAAGUGGUGGUGUCUCAACUUGGGAAGAUUUCCGAGCUAGACCUACCCUACUGUGGUACAUGCCCAACCUUGGACUUGACACUGAGACUGGUAUGGAAUUGCUGGCAAUCACCGGGAUCUUUGUAUCUCUUCUUGCCAUGUCAAUGGACUCUUGGAGGGACUCAGGAACAUUUGUAAUCCUUUGGUAUCUCUACUACUCACUUUACCAGGUUGGCCAGACAUUUCUCUGGUUUCAAUGGGAUAUUCUGCUGCUUGAGAUGGGAUUCCUUGCCAUUCUUGUUGCACCAUUUACAAUGUUUCUCUCAAGACAAGAAAAAGCCAGCUCUAGACAUCAUGAUAGCAUCAAUCUGUGGCUUGUCAAGUGGCUGGUAUUCCGGUUGAUGUUCUGUUCUGGUGUUGUGAAGCUCAACAGCGAGUGUGAUACUUGGUGGAAUUUGACAGCAUUAGACUGGCACUAUGAAUCUCAGUGUAUUCCCACCCCUCUUGCAUGGUAUGCUCACCAAUUACCUAAAUGGUUCCAGAGACUGAGUGUUGUGCUAACGUAUGUGAUCCUUAUUGUAUUAAGCAUAUUGUUCUUCGCCCCUGUCCGGUCGCUGAGAAUAUUCUCAUUUUAUGCCCAGAUAUUUUUUCAGUUGUUGAUUAUUUUAACUGGCAAUUACAACUUCUUCAACUUGCUGGCAGUUCUGGCAUGCUUCUCUAUUCUGGAUGAUGAACACAUCAAGUUUAUCUUCCCCACAUGGCUAGUUGACAGAGAACCAGAGCCAGUGUUUGAAGAAGCUGAAAAGUCUGUUGGUUUUGCUAUGCCACCAUGCAGCAGGGUUAAAAGAUACCUACGAAAAUGUGCAUUUAUGGUUACUAUUGGUACAGUUGCAUACUGGACAUUGCUGCUUUUUGAUCUGCGGUUCUCAUCUAAACAGAUAAUUCACUCCAAGAUAACCUUCAGCAAGCGUGAUUUUUUCACUGCCAUCUCAAUGGUUACACCAAUUACCAUUUGGAUCGGCCUGGGUUCCCUGUGUGUGGAAAUUGUAGCAGCACUUAUAGGGUGUAUUCUUGAGAGAGGCAUCUUGGCAAAGAUAUGGUCCUUGUUGCAGUGGGCGGUCUUUUCAUUUGCGGCGCUGGGCAUGUUUGCCAUCAGUCUGGUACCCUACACGGACAUUGACUAUAACACUCAGCAACAAGUGUGGCCUGUCAUCAAGAGGUGGAAACAGCAGACAGACUUUCUGGAGCUUGUUAAUGCAUAUGGUCUUUUUAGAAGGAUGACUGGUGUUGGUGGUAGACCUGAAGUUGUGGUUGAAGGCAGUCACAGUUUGGAAGGACCCUGGACGGAGUACAAGUUCUUGUACAAGCCGGGUGAUGUCAACCGACCGUUACCUGUUGUUGCUCCUCACCAGCCCCGCGUUGACUGGCAAAUGUGGUUUGCAGCCCUCGGCAGCUAUAACCAUAAUCCUUGGUUUGUACACAUGGUAUACCGUCUAUUACAUGGCCAGCAAGAGGUGCUGGACUUACUGGACCGCAACCCAUUCAAGGGCGACCCUCCCCGCUACAUACGGGCUAGCCUGUACACGUACCACUACACCAAGCUUCCUGGAAACACAAGCGGGCUAUUCGAUGCCUAUCGCAAUUCAAAGCUUAUUAAGUCUUGGUGGACUCGAAAAUACGUCGACAACUACCUGCCUGUCGUGAGCAAAGACGAACCGACCCUCAUCACGUGGCUCAAUCACUUCGGUUACGCCACGGGUAACCCGUGGCCCGAGCAUCCCAAUGGUCGGUUGUACAGGAUCGUCAAGCACUUCCGGUUUGUUGUCCGCACCAUGGACCCACUUGUGUUUAUCCUCGCUCUCUUGACAUGUGGGAUGUUCAUGAGCAUUGCGCAUGCCUCACUUGAUGCCCCUAUAACACCUAACAGAAAAAGAGAUUCCACCUGGUGACCCAAAACCGAAUUAUUUUAGAAAAUAAAGCAUGUAAUGCUUUGGUGAUGCUUCCAUUACCUAGCCAUGGUACCUUAGGCCAAGCUCAAACGUCGUAUUUAGGCGCGUACCCAGGGUUAGCCGAGGAAAGGAGGGCGGGGGUGCAGUCAUAGUUAUGGAAAAGUAUAUGGAAAAAGCACAGGAUUAGAAUAUUCCUUUAAAAAUAGGACCUACAUUUUUGCAGCCAAGGGGCUAUUAUUAUGAAGAUAAAGCAAUCGACUUGAAUUAUUUGCAUGCAUUUGCAUUGAAUGGCUGCUCAUGGAUAAGACGACGUUUGAACUUCUGCCCUAUAAGGAUCGUCUGCAAAUAUAAUAAAAUGAAAUAAGGUUCUACCCGCAAAUAAAAUGUAUUAUAUCCAGAUAUAUUAAUGCGUUAGUGUGUUAGAGUUUAAUUUCACGGUUUUAUUUUAGGGGUCCCUGGUUCACUGGUAGCCACAAUAAAAUAACUUGCUGAAAAGAAGAAAAAGUAGUUUAAUAUUGUGUUUAUGUUUACAUUUUGCGUGUUCUCUGACCGUAUUUAAGCGUCUUUGGUGUCGAUCACUUAGUGAAGAGCUGGAAAAAAGAUUGAACGAUUUAGAAAAGAAAUGCGCGGAAAACCCUUCAAAGGAAAAUCUGAUAGAGUUGAAAUCAGCAAGGAUAGAAUAUGAGUCUCACUAUGAGUAUAUUGCCCAGGGUCAGAUCAUACGGUCACGGGCUCAGUGGUUUGAACAGGGUGAAAAAAAGAAAUACUUUUUACAACUGGAAAAAACUAAUUAUGAUAAAUCUGUUAUAAGGGAAAUUCAUGUAACAGAAGAGGAAACAACAGAGGAUUCUGAAAAAAUUAUGGCGGAGUUGAACAAGUUUUAUCCGUCUCUCUAUAAAAAGUCGUCAUCGCCCCUGCAGGACUCUUUUAAGAAAAAAUUUCUGCUUAAUCCCAACAUUUUUAAAAUUCCUGAAUCACUCAAGGAAAAAUGUGAAGGUGAAAUUUCGAAUAACGAGUGUUUGCAUGUUUUGAACACAUUUGAUAAUGGUCGAUCCCCUGGUAUGGAUGGUUUAUAAAUUGAGUUUUACAAGGCCUUUUGGUGUCUAAAUUAUUCAUAUAGGCAUGGAGAGAUAUCCACAUCCCAGAAACAGGCUGUAUUAAAGCUUAGGGAUAAAAGCUUAAGGAUAGGGACAGAACGUUUAUUCCAAACUGGAGACCAAUUUCUUUAUUAAAUGUAGAUGUUAAAAUCGCUUCAAAGGUGUUAGCCAAACGUAUAGAACCGAUACUUCCGUUAAUCAUACAUUCAAAUCAAACUGCGUAUGUAAAGAGAAGAAAGUUAUUUGACAGUGUAAGAGUUAUUGACGAUAUAAUGUUUUACACUAAAGACAAAAAAAUAUCUGGUUUAUUGGUAGCAAUUGAUUUUGAAAAGACAUUUGAUUCAUUGGAUUGGAGCUUUCUUACAGGGGCUUUAAAAGCUUUUAAUUUUGGGUCCUCCUUUGUUAGUUGGGUGAAAACGUUUUACCGCAACAUCCAAAGUUGUAUAAUGAAUAAUGGGUUUUCCUCGGCUAUGCUUGACCUAGAAAGAGGUGUACGUCAAGAGGCGACCCUUUAUCGCCAUAUCUGCUUAUUCUGGCUUUGGAAUCUUGGCAAUAAAUAUACGGCACAAGGACGACAUUAGGCUUUGACAUUGAGGAUGAACAUAUUAAGUGCACUUUGUAUGCAGAUGAUAUGAUAGUUUUUGUUAAAGAUGUAGCCUCGUAUAACUCUCUUAUGGAUCUUCUGGAGCAGUUUAGUGUUUGCUCAGGUUUAAAGGUAAAUAAGGAUAAGUUAGAUGCGCUUAACUUGGGAGACCCACUAGGUUUUAACAGGCUUAUAAUAGAUGUGAAACAUUUAGAUAAACCAAUGAAGAUUUUAGGUGUUUACUUCACCUACGAUCAAUAACGGUCAUAUAAGUUAAAUUUUGAUGGCACUCUUGAAUCCUUAAAAAAAUCCAUUUGUGUCUGGAAAUGGAGAAAUCUAACACUCUUGGGGCGGAUACAGGUGGUGAAAUCUUUUGUUAUACCUUUUAAGGCAUUAAAAUGCCUUCAUAGUGCCUUUCUUUUAUCGUUACAUGAGGAUUUCAUUAAGGAAGUAAAUAGCAUAAUAUAUCAGUUUAUUUGGAAUGGGAACGACAAGGUCAAAAGACGGGCUCUUGUUGGAGAAUAUAAGAAUGGUGGCCUUAAAAUGACAGAUUUGAAAAUCUUAAUGAUGUCUCAGAAAGUGGUGAUGUUAAAAAGAUAUUUGGACGAAGAAGAUAAUGCUGACUGGAAAACGCGUUUAAACCUUUUUCUAGCUCUUGUUGGCGGUGCAUACAUCUUAAGCUGUAGGUUUCAUAUUUCAACUCCCAGUAAGGAAUAUCCCACAGUCCCACACUUUUAUUUACAGAGUUUAGAGGUAUGGUCAAAACUUAAUAGACAGGAAGUUGACACAGGAAGAAGCUUUAGAGCAAGUGAUCUGGAAUAAUGAAGAGAACUGUGUUCAGAAACAAUCUUGUUAUUAUAAGGAAUAUAUACAAUUAGGUAUCCAUAGAGUUGUAGAUAUAUGGAAAAGUACGGGACAACUAUUAUCAUUUAUUUUGCAUGUAUGUGCAUUAUUAGGGCACAAAUAAACGAUAAGUAAUUCAAUAAUUAUUUUAGGAUAUUGUUUGUCAUAAAGGGCUUAUUGUUUGUACGGAGGCGCUAACGUUUGUAAGAAGCACGCAAAUGACUUUCACAAAAUACUAUUGUUUGCACUUGCUGUAAUAAAAAUGUUAAUGAA